AUGCUAAGUUCUAAAGAGAUUGCAAAACAGUUCUACGAAACAUUCGCUAGUAAGCCGGGUGCUGUACCUUGUGGCAAAGUUGGCUUACCAUCUGAUAUCGCCAGUGUGAUCGCUUUUCUCGCCGAUCGCAGUCAAUCAUCGUACAUCGUCGGUCAGACGAUUGUCGCCGAUGGUGGCACUUCGAUUGUACUCGCUUCGAAUGCGGAUUCGGCUGUGACCGCUGCCAAAUAA